AUGCGGGCUGCUGCCUAUCUGCCCGGGACAUGGCUGCUCUGCUUUCUGACUGCCCCCUGGCCCGCCCAGCCAGAAAAAUCCUUCCACAACCGGGACCACUCAGACAUAGAGGAGUCUGUCCUGAACCAAGCAGAGCCUGUCAUUGACCUCCAUUCUGCUCAGGCGUUCUUAUCCAAAUAUGGCUGGACAGAAGGGUCCGGCGGGGGGAUGCCUUCCUCCUCAGCUGGUCCGGGGCCCGGCACUGCUGACGAACCUCCUGCGGAGGCGAUCUCCAUGCCAAGGCCAAGAGGGCAGCUCCUGGCGGGCCUCGGCGGAGACCCAGGCCUCACGAAGGCCAUCGCCAAGUUCCAGUCAUUUAGUCGGUUGCCGGUGACCGGACGGCUGGACAGAGCCACCCUGGCAGCGAUGAACCAGCCCCGGUGUGGAGUGCCUGACCGGCAGCUCCUGCCGCGGGCGGACCCCGGCGCGGGCCAGAGGGACGGCGCGUCUCCGAGCAUCACGCCCACGGCAGGGAGCGCGGGCCCAAGGUCCAGGGUGCGCAGAAAACGAUUCCUGGGGACGGCCCCGCCCUCGGCCCGGGCCUGGGCCUGGGCCCCGUCCGCACCGCAGCAGCUCGGGCGGCGAGGGCCGGAGCCAAGCCCCUCGCGUGCCCCAGGACCCAGAGCUUUCUCCAGGAGGCUGCUGAGGUGGAGGCUGGUGGGGGAGGGCUACAGCAGCCAGCUCUCCAUCGAGGAGCAGAGGUUCAUCUUCAGCUUGGCUUUCCGGAUGUGGAGCGAGGUGACCCCGCUCAAGUUCAAAGAGGACCGCCUCUCCCCCGCCUCCCGCAUCGACAUCAAGCUGGGCUUUGGAAGGGGGCGACACCUGGGCUGCAAUCGGGCUUUUGAUGGGAGCGGUCAAGAGUUCGCCCACGCCUGGCACUUUGGGGACAUUCACUUUGACGAUGACGAGCACUUCACGUCCCCCACCAGUGACAACGGGAUCAGUCUUCUCAAAGUGGCAGUUCAUGAAAUUGGCCACGUCCUAGGCCUGCCUCACCUGGACAGGACAGGAUCCAUCAUGCAGCCGAAUUAUAUUCCCCAGGAGACUGUGUUUGAGUUGGACUGGGCAGACAGGAAAGCAAUACAAAACCUGUACGGCUCAUGUGAAGGACCGUUUGACACUGCCUUUGAUUGGAUCCGCAAAGAGAGAACCCACCACGGGGAGCUGGUCGUGAGCUUCCGCACAUAUUUUUUCCGCAGCGGCUGGUACUGGCUUUAUGAGAACCGCCACAAUAGGACCCGCUACGGGGACCCGAUCCUCACCCCCAUUGGGUGGCACGGGAUCCCCUCCCAUGACAUCGAUGCUUAUGUCCACAUAUGGACGUGGAGAAGAGACGAACGCUACUUUUUCAAAGGGCAUCACUACUGGCGGUACGACAGCGACAGUGACCGGGCCGACACAAAAGACGAACGGGGGAAGAGCUAUCCCCAGUUAAUUUCGGAAGGCUUUCCCGGCAUCCCGAGCCCCCUGGACACGGCCUUCUACGACCGAAGGACACGGCUCAUCUACUUCUUCCGCGGGUCUUCCGUGUUUGCCUUUGAUGUGGACAGACACCAGGUGGCCAGCUCUUACCCCAAGAGGAUGGUCGACACUUUUCCACCGGUAGCGCCCCCAGACCAUCCUUUCAGAGACAUAGAUGCGGCCUACUUCUCCUACGCCCACAGCGCCAUUUUUUUUCUCAAAGGAAAUGCGUACUGGAAGGUGGUGAAUGACAAAGACCGCCAGCAGAAUUCUUCACUGGCGUUCAAUGCCCUGCUUCCCAAACGGUACAUCUCGCAGCAGUGGUUUGACAUUUGUGACGUUCAUCCUUCCACCCUGAAAAUGAAGGUGGAAAACGCCGAGGGAAGCACCGUCUAGGAGACACUCAGGUAAAGAGGCAGGGGUGCUUUGGGAGAGCUCCUUCUGAAAGGGUAAAUGACCACAGCCCCCUAAGUUAAUCUAGAGGACAGCAUCCCUAAGGGUCCACAAGGCUGGGCCCGAGCAUCUCUCCAGACAGACACUCGCCCUUCUGAGAGAGGCCACAGGAGAGGACUGUGCUGGCGCUUUCUGGGCACGAGGCUGGCUCAUACAAAGGGCAGGUGGGGAAGGGACACCAAGACCAGGCCCCUUCACCAAGGGCAGGAGAACUUCAGUGCUCUGGGGAUGGGAACUGGUCCCAUCUAAAACGACACAAAUAAAACUCGGCAUCAGAAGCUACAAAGCCCUACCCAGAAUACAAAGGCCAUCUCUGGGUGCCUGAUUCUCAUCUGAACUGGCUUUCUUUGGAAAUGUAGGAAGAUGCCAAAGCAUCCCAGGAUUUUAGAAUCCUAAGAGGAAGAAACUGAGUUAUAGAGAAAGGACAGUCUAAGGGAGCAGAAAGAUUUGAACUCAGAGCCUUCUGACCCCAGAGGGCAACCCCUUUUCAGAACCCCACAGUACUGGUCACCAACUUCCUUUUUUGAACAGCUUCCCUGGCUCCCUUUAAUGCACUCCUCUUUUUUUAGGAUGGGACGGCAACUCGUAGGAGCAGAAAGUACAUGUUGAAGGCUGACUAGGUUUUUCCCCUAUGUUAACAACCACAGCCGGGACAUAAGAAGAUCAUUUCUCAUCUGAAAAAAUAAACAGAGCUACAGUGUCUGAUGUGGGACGACUUUAAUGAAAGAUUGUCAUUGGGAAGAUGGGACAUUUAAAGAGAAAAUCCCGCAAUGCCAAAUUUAUAGGAGCACUUGCCCAGUCGAGGGCUCUGAAUCAGAAACACACUGGCAGACACUCAGUACGAUGACAGAGGGCAGUGACCACUGACUGCCAGACCUCG